AUGUUUUCUUUCUGUCUUUCUUUUUGCUUUUAUGGUUUUCUUUUGUUUCUUUUUCUGUGUUCAUUUGACACCGUUCUUUCUUUCUUUUUUUCUUUCUUUUUUCUUUCUUUUUUCUUUCUUUUUUUCUUUUUAUCUUCUGGUUUGUUGUUUCUUUCUGUUUUUCUUUUGUUUUCUUCCUUUUUUCUUUCUUCCUUUUUUCUUUCUUUCAUUUUUCUUUCUUUCAUUUCUUUGUCUCUCUUCCACUCUUUUGGAAUAUUGUUGUUUCUUUCUGUUUCUCUUUCUGCUAUGAUUUGUGUUCUUUCUCUCUUUCUUUCUUUCUUUCUUUCUUUCUUUCUUUCUUUCUUUCUUUCUUUCUUUCUUUCUUUUCGUAAUUAUGUUGUAUUUUUUAUCGUUUCUCUUUCCGUUAUGUUUUGUUAUUCUUUCUUUCUUUCUUUCUUUCUUUCUUUCUUUCUUUCUUUCUUUCUUACCCUUACUGUUAUACGUUAA